CCUAGUGGCUCCUGGGCUGGUCAACUAAACACGCAGUGCUACCCGGCUGACGUCAUAUCCACGAUGUAUGGGCAUACAGACAUGGCGGAAAAUGGAACCACCGGUUACCGGCCUCCUGUCUGCAGCAGCGGUGGCGAUGACGCAAUGCCCAGUACGAGCCGCGCUGGCAUGGAGGAAGCAUCAGCCAGUUUGGAAAACAACGGGAGGAAUGCUACCGGAACCGAGGAAAACGAACAGCAAGAGUUAUGCGGUGUCUGCGGUGUCUGCAGCAAGGUUUACACCAGACUGCAUACCCUACACAGGCACGCCACCGAGCACUAUGGCGAUGAAUCCUACAUUUGUGAAGCAUGUCAUCUACCCUCUGUAAAGAUGACGAA